AUGGAAAUGAAAACAUGUUGCAAUUCCUGCUUAAUUCUUUUUGACAAGGAUAACGCUGUCAUCUUCAGUCCUUUCUCUUUUUCUUUGCAGAGGAUAUGGUUGGCGUUAGUGAUUGCAGUAGUUGGAGCAAGCAUUUUUUUCGACAGUGCUUCAGCUAGUUUCAUAGAUGGCUCCUGUCGAGGCGUCAUGGGCAAUCGUGAGAUCUACAAGAAAGUUGUGCGCGUGUGUGAGGACUGUACCAAUAUCUUCCGAUUGCCGGGGCUGGAUGUCAUGUGCAGAGACCGAUGCUUCCACAACGAAUGGUUCCUGCUUUGUCUGAAUGCUGCCAACAGGGAGGACGAGAUCGAAAACUUCAAAGUGUGGAUCAGCAUCCUAAGCGCCGGACAGUGAAGCCUCACCGGGCCUCACUCGCAUAGAACAACCUUCAGAACACUUGGUGACCAAUGGCAAUUAUUGUUAGCGUUGACUAUGUACUUCGUAGUCUGGCUUCGUUUUUUGUUGGUUUACUAGUAUCCUUAAAUGAUAUACCAUUCAGUCUACAAGGCUUGGCAAUCAUGUUCUGUAUACGAAAAGAUACUUGUAAAAUAUUCUACUGUCAUUUGCCGUAAUAAACCUUGAAAUUUGUUUAAAAAUUAAGUUCAGUUUGGAAAUUGAAUCUAAAGAAAUAUCUAUCAUGUGUUCUAAUACCUACGCAUA